CAUAAUUUCAUCAUGAAUCAUAAUUACAUUAUUAUUUUAUUUCUUGCAAUUUUCCUUAUACAAGUUGAAAAAAUUCACUGCGGAUGUUAUCCUGUUGGAAUGGAUGAUCAGACUAUUGGUGGUUCUGAGAUUAAAGAAGUGGUAUUGUCAUCAGGAGAAAUCUCAGUUACGACUAAUAUCAUUGAAAAGGGUACAAAUGGAGCUGAUAAAUAUACGGAAGGAAUCGGUCACUUUACCAUUAAUUAUGAUAAACCCAAUGGCAAACAUGUCAGUGUGCGUAUUUUAAAGAAGGGCGAGAUGGUUAAUUACCAUGAUUGUAGUGGUAACAUUGACCCUAAUGAAGUUAAUCCAUUCACAAGAAUCUGGAAAUUUGAACCAGAAUUAACGCCUCCACAUGGGACAACUGUUACCGUUGCGCUAUCAAUAUAUUGGGAGUGUAUUUAUGACAACGGUAAUGCUGGAGUAGGCUGUAAACAUGAAGAUGUUUCUCUCAAUGUAGAUUAUUAAUAUUUUGUUGUUUUUAGUAUAUCAUAUGUUUUUAUCUUAUUGUUA